AUGAAAUUGAUCCAUGAGAAAAAUGUGACAUGUGAAAGGCACCUUGAUCACAUUUCCCUUACUCCAAGGAACGAAGUUGUUCAAAUCAUUGAGGCACAUGGUAUGAAAUUCUGGUUUGAACCAGUUAAUGGUUUGAACUUGUCAAUGUGUAGAGAGUUCUAUCAAACUCUUAGGGUGGCGGACGUGAAUGAGGUGGAAGUGUUGAAAAUGAAUGUUCGGG